AUGGCAACUAAACUACGAUAUAUCCAGAAGGGUCAUAAAGGCGCAGUUACACGACUUCUAUCCAAAUUCGAGGCAAUUCAACAGGAAGCAGUCGAUUACGAAGAUCUACAGACGAUCGAAAAUGCAUUGAGACAGAAACAGCAGACGAUCAUCGAGAUCCAUGAAAAAAUCCUUGAUUCAAUCUCAGAAGAUGACGGUGAACAGAUCGAGACGGAAAUUCUAGAGCAUGAGUAUAUCUACACAUUACAGACCAAGAUACAGAAAAUAUCAAGUUUUAAAAAGGUAACUUUGUCUAACUUAAAUGUAAAUUCCCCAACCUUUCAUGCGCCCGUUUCCGGCGAAUCGUCCCAGACGAACCAUGUGCACGAACUUCACGAGAAUGUGUCUCACACUAACCCUGCCUCUACCCUCUCACACAGUUCCAUAUACCACAGACUACCUAAGCUAGAUUUGCCAAAAUUCGACGGAAACAUCCUUGACUGGCAGUCAUUCUGGGAUUCGUACGAGUCAGCUAUUCACACGAACCCGUCACUGAGUGGUGUACAGAAAUUCAACUAUCUGAAGUCGUCAUUGAGAGGAGAAGCUGUACAGAUUAUAGCGGGGUUUUCCUUAACUAAUAUUAACUAUGACAAAGCAGUGUCUCUGUUACACGAAAGGUACGGACAGAGAGAUAAAAUUAUACAAACAUAUAUGAAAGCAUUGCUAGAAGUUCCAGCCCCUGUGUAUACAGUAACCAGUCUGAGAAAGUUCUAUGAUACCACGGAGACUUAUAUCAGGGGACUUGAUUCAUUAGGCCAGAACGAGAGUACAUACGGAUCACUCCUCACUCCCGUCAUCCUUCAUAAGUUAUCACCGGAAGUGAGAACGAACAUUACACGUGCGCACGGAACACAGUCUUGGUGUUUAAAUGACUUAAUGCGGUGUAUAUUGAACGAAGUGAAUAUUCUAGACGCCGGAAAUGCAUUGAAUACCCCGCAAGAAGUGUUUGCGACAGCAUCCUUUCUGACCAAAUCUGAUAUCCGCAGACCGGAGAAAAAGAAUAAAGAAAAAUCGAGUGCGAAAUAUACAAAAGUACAGACAUGUGUGUAUUGUAAGGGAGAACACUCUAGUACAGACUGUUUAAAAGUUAAUGAUCGCGAACAUAGACUAAAUAUUGUAAAGGAAAAGCAGCUGUGUUUUAACUGCUUAGGAAGUCACAAAGUUAAUGUGUGUAAAUCCAAAUUCAAAUGCAAGAUAUGUUCACUUAGACAUCAUACAAGUUUGUGUGUAGGAGAAUCAACGGCCAAACCAACAGAUAAAUCUACUGAAGCUCACAACGCGGAGAAAACCAACACAUCAGUUCUCCAUUCAGCGCACACAUUUUCUUCUGGACCCGUUUUAUCGAAGACAGCAGUUUCCAUAGUAACUUCAUCUUGUAGUUCCACCACCGCAAACAUCCUGUUUGAUGAAGGUUCCCAGAGUUCCUUUGUUACUGAAGCCCUAGCACAGAAAAUUCAGCUGCAGCCAACCGGAAGUGAAACGUUAUGUCUAUCAGGGUUCGGAGACAGAGAAAGACGCAUGCGACAUCUAAAUACAGCUACAGUCUAUCUACAAACCCCAAAGCACAAAAUUCCGAUAAAAGUCCUUAUAGUGCCUGAAAUUUCCGUGCCUCUGAAAACUUAUCAGAAACAUGUUAGUGACUUUACAUACCUGAAGGGGAUCACACUUGCUCAUCCUAUAUCAGAAGAUGAAGAUUUUGAGAUCGAGAUGCUAAUUGGCGCUGAUCAUUACUGGUCCGUGGUACAAGAUAAAAUCAUCAGAGGAAAUGGACCCACAGCCAUUCAGUCGAGAAUAGGAUAUCUUCUGUCAGGACCGUUAUAUACAGAAAACCAUCCCUCCCCACUUCCUGUGUCCAUGAUGAACAUAAUGACUUUGCACGUGCAGGAGGAAUUGAAUUUAGAGAAGUUUUGGGAAGUAGAAUCUAUGGGAGUGGAACAGAAGACUAAAUACCAAGGAUGCGACGAAUAUACCAGACAAUACCAAGACACAUGCAUUACAUACGAUAACGGACAGUACGUCGCAAGAUUACCCUGGAAAGAUGAUCAUCCAUCUCUACCCAGUAAUGAACUGAUAAGCCGGCGCAGAAUAGUAAGUGUAGUCAACAGACUGAGAAAAGAACCGGAACUGCUGCAGAAGUAUAGUGAGAUUAUUAAUGAACAGGAGCAGAGAGGAUUUGUAGAGAAGAUAGAAGAUGACCCAUCUAGACCAAGUACGACAGUACAUUACAUUCCCCACCACCCUGUGAAAAAAGAGUCAGCAACCACACCCAUACGGAUUGUAUACGACUGCAGUUGUAAGUCAACCCAACAUUUCCCAAGUUUGAAUGAUUGCCUGAUGAAUACCCCACCACAGCUAAACGACUUGACGUCAAUAUUACUACGCUUCCGAUACCAUAAAUUUGCAGUUUCCACCGAUAUUGAGAAGGCGUUUUUGAACAUCAGUUUGCAUCCAGACGAUCGUGACGUCACAAGAUUUUUUUGGCUAUCAGAUCCAAGCAAUCCAGACAGUCCACUUCAGGCAUAUCGGUUCAAGUCGGUGCUAUUUGGAGCAACAUGCUCGCCAUUCAUAUUAAACGCCACCAUUAUGAAGCACCUUGAAUUACAUCAAUGUGACGAAACAGAACGUAUCAAACAAGGGUUAUACGUAGAUAACAUAAUUACAAGCUUACCAGACGACACUACACUGUCAAAAUUUUACACUAAUAGCAGACGACUUUUUCAGCAAGCUGCCUUUAAUUUGAGGUCUUGGAGUACAAAUAACCAAGUGCUGCGUGCUAGAAUCGAAUCUGACGGAGUCAGUGACAAGGACAAAUUCACAAAAGUGUUGGGCAUGCGCUGGGAUUCUACAACUGACGAAAUGUUGUUUCCACAAAGAGCAAAAAUGCCUAUGAAUGACUGCCUUCUGACAAAACGGGAAAUUUUGAAAGAAUCGUCCUCUAUAUAUGACCCGCUCGGAUUACUAAGCCCAAUUACCGUGAAAGGCAAGAUACUUAUGCAGUUGCUAUGGAAACGAAAAUUUGAGUGGGACGAAGUGCUGCCAGACGACAUCAUCAGAGAGUGGUGCAAGAUAAGAGGGGACAUAGCGAAAGCAACCGAAACGAAGUUUUGCAGACGAUACUUUCCCAAUGCCUCUCCCACAGAUGUUGCACUUCAUGUCUUUAGCGACGCAAGUACAAAAGCAUACGGCGCAUGUGCAUAUCUUGUUUCCGGUAACCAGAGCACACUCAUUAUGGCAAAGAAUAGAGUAACCCCGGUAAAGCAGCUUACAAUACCGAAACUUGAACUAUGUGCAGCACUUAUAGGAUCUAGACUUGCUCAGCAUAUUACAUCGACCAUUGACUGUACAAAAGUAUAUCUAUGGAGCGACAGCCAGAUUGUGUUGAAAUGGAUAUCUUCCUCAAAAUCACAACCAGUGUUUAUAUCCAAUCGUGUCAGAGAAAUACGGGAGUUAACAGAUGGUUUUCAGUGGCAGUAUUGCCCAACAGAUUCAAACCCUGCAGGGGGCCUCCGUGGCCGAGUGGGUGAUUGCAAACUCAUUGUAUAUGAUAGUUGUGAAAAUGAAAGUGAAAGCAGUAACAGUGAAACAGCAGUACUAACAUCCACACAGAGUAAACUACCCAAUCCAAGUGUUCUAGAGAUUAUAGACAUUCAGAGAUUUAGCUCGUAUCGGAAACUGUUACGUGUUACAGCAUACGUUAUCCGGUUUGUUAACAACUGCCGAAAUGUGAAGAAGUCACGCGGACCUCUAGAAUCGCACGAGAUCAACACAGCAGCCAGACAGUUAAUAAAGCACGUACAGGAUAUUCAUUUCCACGAUGUGAAACAGUACCUUUCCCAGAAAGAAAAACGGUGUACCACCAUACCAAAUCUAGUGAGACAGCUCGAUCUAUUUCUGGAUGAAGACAAUUUGAUUCGUUGUGGCGGUAGAAUUUCCAAUGCUCCACUAUUAGACAGCACGAAAUUCCCGUACCUACUUCCAUCAAGAAAUAACUUUACUGAUCUGAUUGUAAUGGACGCACACAUUACACAGUUACAUUCUGGCACAGAGAGCACGGUCACCUUCAUUCGUCAAAAGUUUUGGAUUCCAAGCAUUCGUCAACAUGUUCGGAAAAUUAUUCGCUCGUGUGUCACGUGCCGCAAGGUUACAAGUAGACCAUACCGGGUACCAGAUCCCCCACCGUUACCUAGCGACAGAGUGAAACAUGCGCCACCUUUUACAGUCACAGGAAUAGACUUCACCGGAGCGUUAACUGUGAAGGCAUCAGACGGAAAUCUACAAAAGGCUUACAUUUGUCUGUUCACGUGUGCCAAUACACGGGCUAUUCAUUUAGAAAUUGUACCAAACAUGACAGUAGACUCUUUUAUUUUGGCUCUACGACGUUUCUUUAGCAGGAGAGCAAUACCAAAAAUCAUUAUGUCGGACAAUGCCCUGACGUACAUCUCCACUGCCAAACUACUGAAGACAGAGAUCCUUGGGACAUACGGUAUUACAUGGAAGUUUAUCCCACAACAUGCCCCAUGGUACGGAGGCUGGUGGGAGAGGCUCAUUGGCGUUACUAAGACAUCCAUUAAGAAAGUACUCGGGAAAUCACUGGUGAGUUUGGAAGUUCUGCAAACUAUUGUUACAGAAGUAGAAUGUAUCGUCAAUGACCGCCCACUCACGCACAUUUCUACAGACCCCACUGAUGAGGAACCUCUUACCCCUUCCCAUCUGCUGUAUGGGCGCAGAAUUACCUCCCCUGUUUACCCAGACGAUCAAGAAGCCACAGCAGACGACAUUUCCCACAAUUCUGCAGACAAACUUUACAGGUUUAAGUCUGCAACGAUUGAACACUUUUGGUCGAGAUGGAAGCAUGAAUAUCUCACAUCUUUGCGACAGUUUCAUAAGAUGUCUGGCAAUCAUGGCGAUACUGUUACGGUUGGGGACGUAGUGCAAAUACAUGACAAUAACCUUCCGAGAAAUCGCUGGUCCCUUGGCGUCAUAGAGGACGUUGUCACUGGUAGAGAUGGUCUUAUCCGAGCAGCCCGUAUCAGAUCCAGACGAGGUGUUACAAUGCGACCCAUUGCCAAGCUGUAUCCACUCGAGUUGAAAUAA